AGAAUAUUGAAAAAAAAUCCAUUAUUUUUACGAUAUUUAAUAUUGCGGGGUAACAAAAAAAAGGAAAAAGAAUCGAAAAUUUCCAAUCAUGUAAUUAAAUGAUAUUAAUUAUAUUUGAAUUUGAUAAAAUUUUCAAUUUUUCAUUAAAAAAAUUUGAUUCGCUCACGUCUAUUUUGAAUACCAAUAUUUUCUUAACAUAUUCUCGGAUCGUAAAAAACCCAAUUGAUUUUUUAAAUAUUGACGUAAAUAAUUACAUUCUAUUGUUUCGAUCUAUUGAACGAAAUCCAAUUGUCAAUUAAUUGUUUUUUCUCCUCAUCUAAUGUAUGAUGAUGACAUACUAAGAAAAAUUAAUUAUUUGAUUUAAAAAAAAAAAAGUUUU